AUGGGCCGUCCAAACAUUGCUGCCAACUUCAUGUCCCCCACAAUGUAUGGAUCCCUGCCCAAGGCCCUCAGCAGUGAGGAGCGGCUGUCCAUCUCGCGCAACACCCCAAUGUCAGCGUCACUGAGGGAAGUUCAAAAUCGGACCCCGGCAAAGGUGUCGGCACCAACAAGGGCCGGCAGAGCUUUGAGGAGAUCCCUGCUGAAGGGCUGCGUGAUUGUGAUUGUGGUGGCGGGAUACUCAGGCAAGCGGUUCAUUUAUGAGCGAGCCCAUGAGCUUGGCGUCAGGGUGGUCAUCAUUGAUGGGCCAGACAGCUGGGCAAAGACUCUGGUGGGGGAGAAGGUGAUCGAGAAGUUCUAUCCUGUAGACUUCACAGAUGAGGCAGCCAUUUUCGACAAGUGCCUGGUCAGGAUCAAGCAGGCAGAGGCGGAGCUUGGACAGGUGGAUGGGAUCUGCAGCUUCUGGGAAGCUGCGCAGGCGCUGGUGGCAUCUCUGGCAGAGCGCCAGGGCCUCCUCGCGCACCCACCUGCUGCUGUGGAGAAUGCCAGGGAGAAGCAGAACACGAGGUCUUGCAUGAAGGCCGCCGGGCUGCCGACGCCUGCGAAUCACCUGAUCAAGAGUGGCGCUGAUGUCAAGAGGGCGGCUGAAGUUGUGGGCUUCCCAGCCGUCAUCAAACCCAUCUCUGGCGCUGCCUCUGAGGGUGUCGUGCGCGUUGACUCCCUGGAGCAGCUUGUAAAGGUGUAUGAGAGGGAGAGCAAGAAGAUCAAGGCCAAGGCCAUCGACUCCAACACCACCACCCUGGACGACAAGACUGCCGAGCAGGAGAGGGCGCGCGGCCGCGCAGAGCUGACAUUCAUGAUGGAGCAGUACCUAGACGGGCCAGAGGUGGAUGUGGAUGUGCUGCUGAACUCAGACGGGGACGUUGUCUACGGUAAUGUGACCGACAACUGGCCCACGAUCGAGCCCUACUUCAACGAGACUGGCUCCAACUGCCCCUCCAUCCUCAGCCUGCAGCAGCAGCGCGAGCUGUGCCAGCUGUCCGUCGCCGCCGUCAAGUGCAUGGGCUUUGUCGUCGGCAACUUCCACGUCGAGUGCAAGUACACUUCCAGUAACGGGCCCCAGCUCAUCGAGGUGAACGCUCGCAUGGGUGGUGGGCCGGUGUACGCGAUGAACCAGUUUGUGUGGGGAGUUGACCUGGUGGAGGAGCAGUUUCUGGGCUGCUGCGGCAUCCCCUCGCGCCCCUACCUGUCCAAGACCCCCCAGAAGUGCAUCGCCGAGUUCUCCAUCAACGCCCAGAAGACCGGAACGCUGCAGAAUGUGGACUGGGUCGAUAAGUUCCAGGACGACCUGCAUGUGGUCUACGCGCGGUCAAUUGUGGAGGAAGGCGCCAAGGUUGUCUGCGUCGAAGAUGGCCUGCCAACAUGGGUCGCCGAGCUCAUGGUCUGGGAUGCGGAUGUGAACAAGGCCAUUGCGCAUGUGCUGGACAUUGAGAAGGACAUCCAGGAGAACAUUGUCAUCACUUGA